AUGUUCGCAGCUUGCGAUGACUCCGGAACUUGGUGGUACACAGAAGCCAGUGAAGGUAAAUCCUUUGAAGAGGAAAACAAAGAAUUCAUGAGCCCAAUCAACGAUACUGCGCCCUUAGGCGAGCAGACCUGGGAAAUUGAAGAGCUCUAUGAUUUUGAUGGGUCCUUAGUUCCUGAUUUGGGUUUGAAGAAUGUUCCACCAGAAGAAAAGGAUGACUAUGAGCCUGAUCUUGAUGAGUUCAAGCCCAGUCCACCUGGUAGAUUGGAAGUGGUUCCCGUUAAUACCUCCAGCUCUUAUGGACCUGAUUUUGGAGAUGGUGGUGUUGACAUUCUGGGAAUGGAUGAUCCUGUUUCCAGUCCUGAUCAGAAGAGGGAAUCCACUGCAGUUGAGCCUGAGCCGUGUGCCAAGAAGGAACUUGAGAAGGAGACUGCAGAUAAGGUAGAGCGAUCCAAGCCGAGGAUUCCAGCACUGUUGCAGGAUGUUGCAGAUUUGGCAUUCAAAGCGACGGAGGAACUGCAGUCCAAGGGAUUGGACAAGAGUUUUAUUGGGUGUAGCCGGAUGCUUGGUUUGGUCCUUGGUGCGGCCGAUGUUACCGCCGCCUUCAUGGCUACUCCUUUGAGAAAGAGAGACGUCAUUGCGAAACUGCCAGCAUUAUCUGUGAGCGAUCUUUCUGGGGGUGGAGGCCAGCUGAAAUUUUUUGGGCGACAGAUUUUCCGUCAGCAAGGUGACAAGGCUAUCUUUGUUGGGUUGCCAGAGGAUUAUCUCAAAACCACUUUUGAGUCUUUUGGUUUGAAGACUGGUUGUCGUAGUGCGCCAGACAUCACUUCUAUGUUGGACCAGGACGGCAAGGAAUGUACCCCCGGAGCCUACAGUAGGUUCCGUUCUGCCUUAGGAAAGUUAUCGUGGUUCGUUCAAACGCGCCAAGAUAUCAGAGCGUGGAUGGGGCUUUUGGCCACCCAGCACUCCAAACCAACUGAGCACACUGAAAAGGCGUUGAGAGCCGUUCUGCGUUUUCUGGUCCAGGAUCAGGGUGUGAUGUUGCGGUUGCCAGCAGAGAUCGCCCCACGAGAGGCCACCAACCAUCCGCUUGCAAAUGACGCGGAAGAUAAUGCUAGAAUCUAG